UCCAGUUUCCACUCCUUCAAAAUCUCUUUGUUACUUCCUCUCUAAGUUUACAACACAAUACAUAUUCAGCAAAAUUCCAAGUCUUGAUAUCUCCUUCUUCCUAUCAUUUCCACAUUGUUCUAUUUCUUGAGUUCUUGAUUAUGGCAGCUUACAGUGCUGUAAUUUCUCUUCUUCAAACUCUUGAGCAACUUCAGGAGAGAAACCCAAAGCUCAUCCGAGGUCGACUUGCUAAAACACUCAAAUCUGUUCAUGCUACUGCUUUAUAUUUUCAAAAUGUUCUUGAAGAAGUUGGCAAGACUAGGACUGAUCACCUUGAAAAGAUCAAACGUUUGGAGGAAAAAAUAAGAGUUGCUGCUAAUGAUGCAGAAGAUGUUGUUGAACUAAAGUUUGGUCAAAUAAUUAAAGGCUUAAGCGGGACAUUUGGACUAGAACGUAUAAUUCUAGACAGGAAUUUGCUAUCAGUUGUUGAAAAAAUUGAUACAACAAAGAAAGAAGUGAGAGAGAUUAUUUCUGGUUUUGGCACAAGCACUCAUCACGCUGAUGAUGAAGCUGACAAGUCUUCUAGAAGGAACGCAAUGCUGCCAAAUUUGGAAGAUGCGAUCGUGCAGGGACUUGAUGACGACUUGGAGAUCAUAGUUGAAAGAUUGAAAGAAUCACAUUCGGAUCUAGACAUUGUUACUAUAACAGGCAUGGGUGGCAUUGGCAAAACAACACUCGCUAGGAAAACUCAUGAUCAUCUCCCAAUCAGGUAUCAUUUUGACAUUCGUGUUUGGGUUACAAUAUCUCAAGAAUUUCGAAGUAGAAAUGUGUUGUUAAAUGCUUUACAUUGCGUUUCAAAGCAAAUAGAUAUUGCCAACGGAGAAGACUAUGAUAAGAAGAAUAACGAUGAGUUAGCAGACCUGGUGCAGAAAAACCUAAAGGGUCGAAGAUACCUUGUUGUUGUUGAUGAUAUUUGGAGUAUGGAUGUUUGGGAUAGCAUAAGAAGAAUAUUUCCUGAUUGCAACAAUAGGAGUCGAAUCUUAUUGACUACUAGGGAAACAGAGGUAGCGAAAUAUGCAAAUACUAGUAGUCCUCAUGAGAUGAAACUCUUGAAUUUAGAUAACAGUUGGAAGUUACUUCGUGAUAAGGUGUUUGGAGUAGAACAUGAUCAUCCUCCUGAGUUGGAAGAAAUUGGAAAGAAGAUAGUAGAGAAAUGCCAAGGACUACCCUUAACAAUUUUAGUGAUUGCGGGGCAUCUCUCUAAAGUGGCCAGGACAUUAGAAAGUUGGAAGGGUGUUUUCCAAACAUUAGGUGAAAUCAUUGCUAGUCAUCCAAAUAAAUGCUUAGGAGUUCUCGGUUUGAGUUACCACCACUUGCCUAAUCACCUUAAACCUUGCUUUCUUUCUAUGGGUGAUUUCUUAGAGGAUUUUCAGGUUGAGACUUCGAAAUUGAUCCAAUUAUGGAUAGCAGAAGGUUAUAUAAGGAUGUGUGGAAGUGGUAAAAGCUUGGAAGAAGUGGCAGUAGAUUAUUUGGAGGAUCUUAUCAGCAGGAACUUGAUAAUGGUUAGAAAAAGGAGAUUCAAUGGUGAGAUAAAAGCAUGUGGAAUGCAUGAUCUACUGCGUGAGUUCUGUUUGAUAGAAGCUGACACGACAAAGUUUAUGCAUGUUAAGAGGACUUACCAAGUCUCUACUCUUCCAACGCCGAAGCAUAAUGUUCGUCGCUUCAGUUUUCAAACCCAAACUUAUUCACCUGAUGUUUGUUGCAAGCUAUUACCCCCUGUUGCCAGAUCCUUCUAUGUAUUUACUCAAUUAGAGCUACCUUGUGCAAACCGUUACGUCUCCCCUCGUCAUAGGGUGGAGCUCCUUCCAUCUUCACAUGGAAUACCACAUUUUGUAACAUUUGAAGUUUUCUCCCGCUUCAAGCUUCUCAGGGUAUUGGCCAUCUUCCAUGAAUAUGAAAGGUUCGGUUCAUUUCCACUGGUGAUUACAAAGCUAUUUCAUUUGAGAUAUCUUGCAGUUAGAUGUGAAGGCAAUCUUCCUGCAUCAAUCUCAGAGCUUCAGCAUUUGCAAACUCUAAUUAUUCAUGGGAAUGAAUAUAGACAUUCAACUUUACCAGGGAAGAUAUGGAUGAUGAAGAACUUGAGGCAUAUACAUCUAGGGGGAUCCAAUUAUUUACCCAAUCCUAUAAGAGAAAGUACUCUAAAUAAGCAACUCGUGACAGGGAUGCCAAAUCUAGAGGAACUUUCUGGUCUUUGUUCCACCAGUUGUACAAAUGAAGUCUUUUCUGACAUUCCCAAUCUAAAGAGACUGAUCAUCAGCCAAAUGAUAAAUCCCAGUCAAGUCUUGGUUACCAGUCAACUCAUUGAUAUGUCUAGGUUGACAAAACUCGAAUCUUUGAAGUGCACCAGCUAUUCGUUUCAUACACUGGCCUCCAUCAAGAGGUUUGUUUUCCCAAGAUCACUUAAGCGGUUGACGUUAGCAGGGUGGUAUUUUUUCCCUUGGGAAGACGUAUCAACUCUUGUCAUAUUGCCAAAUCUUGAAGAGCUCAAACUUAAAGAUCAAGCACUCCGGGGUGAAGUAUGGAGAUUGAGUGAUGGAUGCAAGUUUGAAAGACUGAAGUUGUUGUUACUUCGCGGCCUAAAUCUUGAGCGUUGGGAAGCUAACAGUGAUAACUUCCCCAAUCUAAAACGCCUUGGUCUGAAGAAAUGCAAACUCCUGGAAGAAAUUCCAAGAGAUUUUGGGGAAAUUUGUACUUUGGAGUCAAUCGAGCUACAUAAUUGCAGCACUGCUGCUGAGGUUUCUGCAAGAGAGAUUGAACAAGAACAAGAGGACAUGGGAAAUAAUUGCCUUAAGGUCGACAUCCAUAACAGUAACAUGAGCAGUUUACAAAGAAAGAUGAUCAUUCCAGUUCGAUGCUUCACUUGUGGGAAGGUAAUCGGAAACAAAUGGGACCAAUAUCAUGAACUUCUCCAAGCAGGUUACAAAGAAAAAGCUGCACUUGAUGCACUAGGUGUAGUUCGAUAUUGUUGUCGAAGAAUGUUGACGACACAUGUUGAGUUCAUUGACAAGCUUCUCAGCAAAAACAGUUUGGAGGAGGGCAGUUGAGAGGAUUCCUGAUGUCAUUUAAAAUAUAGUGCUGCUCGAGAGGUUGUACAGGAGGCUAUGAAGGUUAUACACCUGAAUUGAUGGGCUUAAGUAUCAUGUGUUAAGAAGCUUCUCAGCUACAACACAUGUUAGAUGUUGGUUUAUAACACUUAUUUGAUGGCAUCAGAACAUGAUAGAGUAAGAAAUAGCAAAGAAUAAGACACAAAGAUAAUGAAAACUAGGAGUCAAUCGAGUGAAAUGAGUUGUAUUACAGGUAGUAAAAACUAGGAUUGUACAUAUGCAUUACAUCCAUAGUGAAAUUUUGCUUUUUCAAUGUUUUCUUUACUCAUCAAAUAACUGGCAAAAAGGUAUCAGACGAUUAA